GCCACUUGGCGGUCCACGUAGUAUUUAAAAUAACAUUAAAUAUAUAUCCGAGUAAAUCUCAAAGCAAGCAAAAGCUGCUCACUAUAUAUAGAGAACUCCAAGAUCUGAAUCAAAUUAGCAUUUACUGAUAAGUUUCUGGAAUUACAGUAUUGAUUUAAAGUUACUACAGCUAAAAUUCUGGUAUUACAGCUAGAAGCUACGAUAUUGAUAAUCGUAUAGGGCAAUAUCCUAAUUGUGGAUGUGUAAGUGAAUUCCUCCAAAGAGUGAUAACCUUGCAAGGAGGUAGUAUUAUCAAGUAUUGUGGGAAUACGAUCUACAGUUAAAUAGCAGAAGCAGCAUAAUGUUUGAAGUGGACUCAUGGGUUGAUGCACCUGAUUAUGUGUUUCCUAAUACCUGUGACAGAUGAAAAUAAUGGGAUAUUGCAUCAUUGCUUCAAACGUAAAAACAUGGACUCCAUUGACAGUGAAUUCUGCCAAAAUGGCUCAUUUCUGGGUAACAAGAAAGCUGCAGUUGGAGAAAACUCGUGUAGCUUUCCACUUGGUCCCAGUUCUCUGGCAGAUGAUGAUCUCAGUUUUUUUGACAACAAUUGUGUGGAGGAAGACACGAAUGAUCUCUUGUGUUAUAGCUGGUCUGAGAUAGGGAACUUUGAGGAUGUUGACAUGAUGUUCAGUUGUGAUUCAACAUUUGGACUUGGAGAUGGAAAUGAGAAUGACCUUGGUUGGUUUUCAUCAUCAGAUGCUAUUAAAGGAUUCGGAGGAGGAUUUUCAGAUUUUAAGUUUCAAAACCCAGCAUCCAAUGCACUGGAAAAUAUAUCUGGCAGACUUGAAGUUUCAAGAACAAAGGAAACGGGCAGUUCAGUUAGUGAUUCUGGCACUAAAAAUCAAUCAGCGAGCGAUAACAUGUGGCCCUCACAGAAAGAUGAAUCGGCCAUUCUGAGCCAUCUACCUUUUGUGAAUGGAUCAAGUAAUUCAGAGUCUAAUUUAGCGCCUCAAAAGAAGAUCAAUAUAAAUACGAACAAUGGAAAGCACCAGAAUCAAUUGGAAGGAAAGAGGAAAGGUACUUAUAUAGAAAAAGGUGAUGCCUUGCAUAAAAUAGAUGGCCUUUCUGCAGAGAAAAAAUAUUCUACUGAGGCCACUGAACCUAACGUCAAUCUGAUAUCAUCGGGUAGUCAGCAGAAAAAUGAAGCUUAUGAACCUGAGACUGAUUACUUCAAUAGUAGCUUUCCUUACAUGUCUGAUUACAGUAGUUCAGAUCAGACUGCCCUUCACCCAACUUCAUCGAUUACUAAAUCUGGAAAUGAUGGUUUCAUGUCCCUUUCGCCCAAGGACAUUUCUGCAUCAAAUCAUCUGCAUUCUAUGCAGCACUUUCCUGAUCCUUCUUUUCAGAUGGAUACAACAAGUGAAAAGAAGGCAGAGAAGCUACUUCACCAUUUUGGAAACAACAGUGAUCUGGAAGGCAUUAGCAUGAGACUUCCAGCAGAAUUAGAUUCCUCGAUUGUACUAGAGAGCACUUCCAUUAGUUCUAGGUUGGAUGAAGUUGCAGAAGAAGCUGCUGGUUUUCACCAGCUUCAAUGCGUCACAGAACGGUUGGAUAUAAGGACAAAGCUAUGCAUAAGGGAUAGUUUGUACCGGUUGGCUCGGAGUGCUGAACUAAGGCACAGAGAUGCUAGUAAUGACUCUGGAGAUGAUAGAGAUAGAAGCCAAGCGUUGAUUAGCGAACGGACAAACAAGUGGGAGACACGCGACCUGCCAUGUUACUAUGGCAUGUUCAAUAGGCACACUUUCGCCAAGGUAAAAGGGUAUAUGGACAUGGAAAGAGACACAAACCCUAUAGAUCGAUCAAUUGCACAUUUGCUCUUCCUCAGGUCUUCAGGCUCAUAUGUAGCACCUGGCUGUGAUUCCUUGGCUUGAGAGGUCCCCUUCCAUGAUUCAUCGUCUCUGAGUUGCCUGCUGGUGUUGGCUGAAAACUUGAUUUGUCUUGGAGAAACUGCAGCUAAAUGAGAGAGAAAAGUUGCUGAUAACAGACCAUAAAUACUUUAAAAAGCUUCAAGAGAAAUGGUGGUGUCUACACUAAUCAUCAUGCUUCAUCGUAUAGGGUUUAUCAACAAUAUAUUACAAGGUAGAUAGUGAAGUCUCUGGCUGUUUCAUGAGGAAGAAGAUAAUGUAGCUGUGGUGAAGCUGCUUAACAUGCUUUAUCAGUUUUACGUUAAUCUGUCGUCCUAAAAGAUGAAGGGUGCUUUCGGUAGUGAAUAAGAGUAUGGAUAUGCAGGGGCAAUUGCCAACAUAUCUAAGAGUGACAGCAUAGCGGAAUCAACCUAACGUCCUAACCCGCAGUUCUAUGUUUUUCCUUUGUGGGUCAGGUGGGGGUGAAGAAAUAAUGGGUGAAUAUCUGUAGCAACCCCGACUCAACAUAGGCACUGUUGCGCCUUAGCGCGCUUUCUUCCUCUCUCCCUCGUUGAAGAGUGUGUCGAGUGUUGGGCAUCUUGGAGGUUAGCAUUGUCUUAUGAGAAAUAUUGUCCUAAUGUGUAAAAAGAUAUUAUCAGUACAUUUACCUGACAGGGCUUAGACGAUUUUUUUUUGGUGAUAUGUGGCUAUGUCACGUCAUCAUAAGAGAAGCAUUGCUGUAAUAUUUAAAAGAAUCUCCGUGACAUCAUAAGAGAAGCAUUGCUGUAAUAUUUAUGUCACG